AUAUGGGAUUGAAACUACACAUUGGGCCACUGGUAUUCACGGGGUUAGGAAACACAACCAUCCAUGAAUAGCAAAAAUGUACAUUUCAUUAUGACAUCAAAUACUGAAAAGUGUUGGAAAGGUAGCAAUCUGAAAUCGUCUCAGUAGGGCAGUGUUGGUACACACUUGUUAUUCUUCAUGUAAGCAGAAAAGCUUGUGAGUUGCUUUUUAUUUGUGUACAAUGUUACAUCUGUGUUUUGUGCGCUCCUGCGGACACGCAUGCAAAACAAAAAUCAAAUGCACAAACACUAACACACACAGAUCUCUGCAAGCUGAAUGAAACAUUUCUGACCAUGUUGGUGUUGGUACAAAACAAACAAACAAAAAAUCUUUUUCCGAGCGUUGAAUUCCCAGCCAAACACUUAGGGCAUGAAGUAUUUCCCAGUUGCAUUUUUGCAGCUUGUUCUUCGUGUUUUGUCUUUUCACUGCAGCAAGGAAAAGCAAAAACCCCUCCUCCUAUUACAACGUUAGCAUGGGCAGGUCUGAAACACAAUGUACAUUGAUCCUCUGCACAGAAUGCGUGGGAGCGACACAAGGACAUGUCUGAGAUGACGAGAGACUCUGAGAAAGUGUCGGACAAAAAGGGAUCAUUAGAAAAGGUGAAAAGUUCUAACAGCAUCUCACAAAAGUCCAAAGGGAAUUCCAGCCAAGAUAACCAGAGCAUUUCUAGUCGAGAGGAGCGUGAUGAUCUGGUGCGCUCCUCCAGCCACACCACCUCCAACAAAGCUCAGAUUCUGGCCAUGCCGCAGUUCGGCCUGCGCGACAAUCUCAUCAAGUGUGAGCUGCUGAAAAGUGAGGACUCGUACACCUAUCUGGAGAAUUUCAGAUUCUUUCUUGGCACAUACAAUGUGAACGGUCAGACACCAAAGGAGAGCCUUCGUCCAUGGCUGAGCUGCACUCCCGAACCUCCUGACAUUUACUGCUUGGGUUUUCAGGAGCUAGAUCUCAGCAAAGAGGCUUUCUUCUUUAGUGACACCCCCAAGGAGCUGGAGUGGAUGAAGGCCGUGUUUGAGGCUUUGCAUGAAGAAGCUAAUUAUGCCUUGGUGAAGUUGAUCCGUUUGGUGGGCAUCAUGCUGAUCUUCUACGUGAAGAAGGAGCAUGCAGAAUUCAUCUCUGAUGUGGAGGCAGAGACUGUGGGCACAGGCAUAAUGGGAAGGAUGGGAAACAAAGGGGCUGUUGCGAUCCGUUUUCGCUUCCACAACUCUGACAUCUGCGUAGUCAACUCUCACCUGGCUGCGCACGUCGAAGAGUACGAAAGACGUAAUCAGGACUUCAAGGACAUUUGCAGUCGUCUCCAGUUUCGGCAGCUCGAUCCUACGCAGCCUCCACUCACCAUCUUGAAGCACAAUGUUGUUUUGUGGAUCGGGGACCUCAACUACAGAAUCAGCGAUCUGGACGUCGACAGGGUGAAGGAUCUAAUCGCCAAGAAUGAUUAUGAGACUCUUCACUCUUAUGAUCAGCUCAAGAGGCAGAUCGAUGUGGAAGCGGUGUUUGUCGGCUUUAAGGAAGGAGAAAUUGAUUUCCAGCCCACCUACAAAUAUGACACCGGCUCUGACAAAUGGGAUACGAGUGAAAAAUGCCGCAUCCCUGCAUGGUGUGACCGUAUCUUAUGGAAAGGGAAGAACAUUCAGCAGGAGCAUUACAAGAGCCAUAUGGAUGUAAGGACCAGUGACCACAAACCUGUCAGCUCUUUGCUCGUCAUCGGGAUCAAGAGAGUAAAUCCUGACGCUUAUAAGAAGACCUUUGAAGAGAUUGUGCGCAAUAUCGACAAAAUGGAGAAUGAAUGUAUUCCAUCUUUAAGCUUGUCCAAGCGAGAGUUCCACUUCAAGGAUGUGAAGUUCAUGCAACACCACGCCGAGACCCUGAACCUUUUCAAUGACGGGCAGGUCCCAUGUCAGUUUGAAUUCAUCCAGAAGCCGAAUGAAUCCACGUACUCCAAGCCCUGGCUCACAGCCAACCCAUCCAAAGGCUUCAUUGCACAAGGCGCUUCUAUGGACGUUGACCUGGAGGUCUUUGUGAACCGCUCAAUGGCACCAGAUCUAAACUGCGGCAAGCAGGAGAUCGAAGAUAUUCUGGUACUUCAUUUGGAGCGAGGCAAGGACUACUUCAUCUCCGUAACAGGGAACUAUUUGCCAAGCUGCUACGGUACUUCUAUCUAUUCACUGUGUCACAUGAAAGAACCCAUUCAAGACAUGCCGAAAGAGACCCUUCUUGAGCUGGCGGAAAAGUCUCUAAACGAUGAUGCAGCAACCGAUGAAAAGCCUCUUGACAUUCCUAAAGAGCUCUGGAUGAUGGUGGAUCACUUAUUUCGCAAUGCUGUCAAUCAGGAAGACAUAUUUCAGCAACCUGGACUUCGGACUGAAUUUGCUGAAAUAAGAGAUUGUCUUGAUUCAGGGAUGCCGGAUUCUCUUCCGGGUAGCAACCAUUCAGUGGCAGAAGCCCUUCUUCUCUUCCUGGAUGCCCUCCCAGAGCCUGUGAUUCCCUUUUCUUUUUAUCAGCAGUGCCUUGAAUGCAGCUCCAGUGCAGGCCAGUGUGAGAAAAUUAUUUCCAUGCUACCUCCGUUCCAUAAGAAUGUGUUCAACUAUUUAGCAGCCUUUCUCCGUGAGCUCUUAAAGAAUUCUGCAAACAAUCGAUUAGAAGUUGACAUUUUGGCCACUAUUUUUGCCUCCUUGCUCCUGAGAUCGGCUAAGAAGCAGGAUCUUGCAGAAAAGAAGAAAACACAGGAGUUCUUUCAGCAUUUCCUAACCCAACAUUCCUCUUAGGCACAACACGUCUAUUUUGCUGAAGUGGAACACUAAAAACAGUACAGUAUUUGAAACAAACUGUAGGAAUUUGUUUUGCCACAUUUAUGUACAGCAAAGUAGUGUAUUUACGUUAAAGAAAUUAUGAUUGUAAUUUGAGUAUGUUUUGUGAUCCAAUUAUCACUGAUUAUUGUAGAUCUGUAGAAGCCUAAAAGUUUUAAAUGUAUAUUUUAUUUAAAGAAAAACUUGUAUUUUAAUGUCUUUGUAUAUAAAACUGUUUAAAAA